AUGCCUGUUGCCAGAUGGCUGGCGAGCCAACCGGGGCUUCUCCUUGCCAACUCGGCGCCGCUCCACACCCGCGUCCCUUACAUCUCGACCGGCUACCGGAAACAGGCCGAGUCGCUGGGUGAGGCUCUGGUCUCUGCCCUCGGACUCGUUUGGCUGCAAAGUGGUGGGCGCAAGGGCGGGCGCUGGCGAUGGGUGCUGCACAACGAAAUGGGAAACGUAUGGAGCCAUCUGCUGCCGGCGAUGCUAACCCCGAUGCUUGGUCUCUGGCAUGUCUGCUACUGGCUCCCUUCGCUCCGUGCCCCUCCACCCCGCGACGACUACCUGGUCUCUAUCGCUUUCUUCAUCGGUCUUUGGCUCUGCUUUGCCUGCUCGGCAUGGUACCACACUGUCCGCAUCCUUCCUCCCCGUGACGCCGCUGUGGCGCUUGGGGUUGAUCGCGCAGGCAUUCUUAGCGUCCUCGGUGCAUCCCUCGGACUCCUUGCUCACUACUUGCUCACCGAUCUUGGCUCGGGUCGCUUUGCCCUCGUCGUCGCCUGGCUCGCCGCCGCCGUGCUUGUCCUCGGCGGCCUGCAUCUUCUUGGCCUCGUCUCGCUGCCGGUGGCUGCCAGCUGCCGGGCAUCGUCGCGGACAGGAUGCGCAUGGUGCGACGGCACGGCUGUCUUUGUUGGUCUCUUUCUGCUCGCGCUCAUGGGCGUCGCCUCGGGCUGUGCGCUGGCGCCAGACAUUGGCGGCCUCAUCUGGAGUCAUGUCUCGGCCAUGUACGCCUGGUACGCCUUUGGUGUCUUCUUUUACGUCUUGCGUCUUCCCGAGCGCAUGUUCGCGGCCACCGUCCUCGACUACAUCGGCCACUCGCACCAGAUCAUGCACGUCUCCAUCGUUCUCGGCGCGCGGCACUUUUACCACCUCGUCGUUGCGCUCCAGCUGCGCGCCAGCGACUCUGCCUCCGGCUAG